CCUGCUGGCGAUGGAUCCGCUGAUCUUUCUGAUCUCGCUUGUGAUCCUCCCGCCGCCGCUCGACGCCGGCGGCCAGAAGAACUUCCUGUUCUACGGUGGAUCGCUGGUCGUCUCACCGGAGGGAAACCGGAGCCACGAGGUGGAGGUCCGCAGCCGGCAGGCGACGGUCCAUUGCCACGUGAACCGCUUCUCCUGCCAGUCGGGCGCCUGUGGAUCCGUGGCGGCGGCCAGCGCGGGAAAGAUUGGCGGCGACUCGUUCGGUCUGACCUGGUGCCUGCAGGAAUUCCGGUCCCGGCUGAGGCUCGGCGGUGGUGGCGGCACAGCGCUGGAGAUCCGCUUCCCCACCGCUGUCAGCGCCGCCGACGGCAGCGGUUACUGGAUCCCCAACACCAGGAGCUCCUCCGCCGCCUGGAGGAUGAAGGCUCGCCUGGAUCUGGGGAUCCGGUCCGACACCGGGGAACCGAACAGGCCGCCCGUCACGACCAUCCCGCCCAUCCUCAGAACGCCGAGGAACUGCGGCCGGACGUUCAGACUGACGGUGUUCGACGCCGACGGCGACCGGGUCCGCUGCCGGGUUCCCACGGAGGACGGGGGCUGGGAGUGUGGACUGUGUGGUCUCCCCGGAGGAUUCUCCCUGGACCAGGGCUCCUGCUCUGUGACCUACAGCUACGACGGUCUGACCGGGUUCCACGCCAUCGAGCUGGUUCUGGAGGACUUCCCACCCCGACCCGUCCACCUGUCGUCCCCAGAUGGGGCGGGGCGCCAGCGGCCGGACAUCCAGCAGGGGGCGCCAGCUCCUCUCAGCACGCUGCCGCUGCAAUUCACCGUCCUUGUGGACUCCCACGAAGCGCCGUCCUGUCUCCAUGGCGACUACUCCCCCGUCUUCUUGGCGCCGACUCCGGCCAAUCGGGCAAAUCUCCCGGCGUUUGUGAACCGGACCCUGGAGUUGGAGGUCCGGGCGGCGGCGCAGUACACCACGAUCCGGGACCUGAUCGUUUCCGGACCGGCAGGGAUCUCCAGGCGCUCCGUCGCCACGGGGAUUCACAUCAUCAGAUGGACACCUGCAGAGCGCCACCUGCUGGAGCACAUCCCCGUCUGCUUCAUAUCUGAGGCCAGAGACGCGUAUAACCGGGUCUACCAGUCGGAGCCGCGCUGCGUCACCGUCCACGUCGGCCAUCACGAGGCGGUGGUGUCCUGCAACCAGACCAGCAUGACGGUGGAGCUGGAGAGGACCUACUUCGUCCGGCGGACCGAGGACAGCCUGCGUCUCCAGGACUCCGGGGACGCGUCCUGCAGCCUGAAGAGCCGGUCCAACGCCACGCACCUGGUGGCCGUGCUGUCCCUCGGCGCCUGCGGGACGCACGUCGAGGAGGAUGAAGACACCAUCGUCUUCAGGAACAGGAUCACGUCCUCCGGCUCUGGAGACAUCAUUUCCCGGCACCACGACGUGGACAUCGCCGUUUCCUGCAUCUACCCGAAGAAAGCCAACCUGACUCUGGGGUUCCGGCACAAGAACCCGUACGCCUUCAGUCAGAGCGGCUUCGGCAGCUUCAGCUUCCAGUUCGAGUUCUUCCAGAGCCAGCUCUUCAGACGGCAGGUGGAGGGCAGCAGCUACCCGGUGGAGGUGUCCCUCAAGCAGAUGGUCUACAUGCAGAUCCAGGCCUCCUCCUCCAUCCCCGACACCCAACUGUUCGUGGAGUCCUGCAGGGCCACGCCCUACGACAACCCCGAGUCCCGCGUCAGCUACACCAUCAUGGAGGACGGGUGCGUGAGGGAUCCCACCGUGCAGGUCUACCCCGGACCCGGGUCCGUCUUCCAGUUCGGGAUGGAGGCUUUUGAGUUCAUCGGCGCUCACGAUGAGGUCUACAUCACCUGCUCGGUACUCCUGUGCCAGAGCGGCAUGCCGAACACCCGCUGCUCUCAGGGAUGCCUGGAACCAGGAAGUGGUCGCAGCAGGAGGGAGGCCGGGGCUCAGACCAACAGCCACUUCAUUUCCCAGGGUCCUUUGCGCCUGAGGGCUCCUCACAGCGAAGGCUCCAUCCCGACCCUGAACCUGGUCUCCAUGCUGGUCCUGUUUGCCGGCGGCCUCCUGGCAUGCGGGGCGGGGUUCUUCAGAUCCAGAAGGACCCCGAUCAAGUACCACCUACUGGUCAUCUCCGAGACCGACCAGCCAGAACAUUAGGACCACGGGCCCGAUCUGCCCGGACUCCUGCCGCCCCCUGCAGGUGGUCUCCUGUGGUACCAGACCAGGCGGUCCUUCAGGGACCAGACUGUCUCUUCUGCACAUCCCACAAAUGCUCCAGCUGGACUCCAAGCUGGUUCUCCUGGUCCUCAGAGAACUCUUGAAUUAUUUAUUAGUUAUUUAUGAGAUUCCAGGAUCUUUGUGGUUUUUAAUCCACUCAUCUCGUCAGCUGUUCAGACCUUCCAGUGUUUUUUUGUGGUUGUUGUAUUUAUUGUUGUGUCGCUCUGGUGUGUAAUGUUCCCACUUCCCACUGGGAAGUUCCCAGAAAACGAUUUCAAAUGUGAUUAAGUGUUGUUUAUGCUGUGAGUCGACAUUCAGGAUGUCUACACUGCAAAAAAAAUUUACUGAAUUGUGGUAUCACACAUCCUUCAGUCAUCUUGCAAUGACUGGAGCUUUUAGCCAGGGGGUUGUGUCAUCAGAUGGUUACCAACGAUCCUCAAGUGUUUCGACCCUGAACCAUAACACUCUCCUGUUGGCGGGUCAGCAGUGGUGGCCAGCCACUACUCACUUCCCCCUGGCUGCCAGCUCAGUUCCUCUCCUGGACCUCACCUCUGCCUUUGAUACAGUGGACCACAAGAUCUUGCUUUCUCGCCUCGAAAACCUGGGCAUCAAAGGUACAGUCCUGGAGUUUUUCCAUUCCUACUUGUCUGGUAGGACCUUCUCUGUUCAACUGGGAGACUUCACCUCUUCUGCAGCCCCCCUCUCCUGUGGGGUGCCACAAGGUUCCAUCCUAGGCCCUAUUUUAUUUAUCCUGUAUAUUCUGCCCUUAGAAGAUAUCAUAAAAAAGCACAAUAUCUCCUUCCACUGCUAUGCAGACGAUAUCCAGCUGUAUCUCCCCUUUAAGGCCGAUGACCCCACUGCUCUCCAGCCUUUGCAAAACUGCCUGUCGGACAUUAAGGCUUGAAUGUCAGCGAAUUUUCUCUUCCUCAACGAGGAGAAGACAGAGGUCAUUGUGUUUGGCAAAACCCCUUCAGCACUUAACACCAACACCCUGGGUUCUCUCGCCAGUAACUCUAAGCCAGCGGUUAAGAAUCUGGGUGUGAUCUUAGACAGUUCUUUUAAGUUUGAGCAGCAGAUUAGUGCAGUUGUCAAAAGAAGCUUUUUUAACCUGAGGACCCUGGCAAAGAUUAAAGCGUACCUUCCCCAGGCAGGGUUAGAGCAGGCCCUCCACGCCUUUGUCACAUCCCACCUGGAUUACUGCAAUAGUCUAUACACCGGCAUAGGAAAAGCCCAACUUCACCGCCUGCAGUUAGUCCAGAACGCGGCCGCUCGACUCCUCACCUGCACUAGAAAACACGAUCACAUUACUCCGGUUCUUGCUUCCCUCCACUGGCUCCCCAUCCGCUACCGCAUUGAUUUUAAAAUUCUCUUAACAGUCUUUAAAUCUCUGCACCACCUUGCCCCACCGUACCUGGCUGAUCUUCUCCUCCCUUUCACCCCGACCAGAGCGCUACGGUCGGCUGACCACCGCCUUCUUGUCAUCCCCAGGUCGAGGUUGAAAACUAGGGGGGACAGAGCUUUUUCUAUAGCGGCCCCUCGACUCUGGAACUCUCUUCCCCCCCACAUCCGAGCAGCCGAGUCCGUAGGGAUUUUCAAAUCUCACUUGAAGACGUACCUCUUUUCGCUGGCCUUCAACUAGGUCUUAGUUUGCUUUUCUGAUUCUUUUUAUGAAUUUUUAUGCACUUUUUAUGUCUUUUUUUU